AUGCAGAAUGGAAUCGUAAGAGUAGAUGACAAGCUGCGAAUUCCUCUUAAGUCCACUUCAGUCCAGCCUCAGAGAGCAAGACAGAUGACAAUUAAGAAGAUCCGGGAUGUUGUUCUGGAUGAGCGAGUAAAGAAUAGUUAGAUUCCAUGGCAAGUGAUCGUACACACAAGCCAGCUAAAAAAUGCUGGAACAGACGCCAACGUCGCCAUAGUACUUUACGGUUUUGCUGGCAAAACAGAGGAUGUCACUCUUACAUUGGGCGCCAGCGACCCUUUACUGCCAGGACCAGUGGUUCGUCACGACUCAACUGACCGGUCGACGAGUAAACGACGCCUCUUCGAGGCCGGCAGCAAGGACACCUUUCAAGUGAUGCUACCCAAUGUUGGGCUUCCAUACAAGUUACGAAUUGGUCACGAUGGAAAAGGAGCCCUCUCUGGUUGGCACCUGGAUCAGAUUAACCAGCCCUAG